AGUAGCGUCGAGUAGCGCGCGUACGUCGCGUAAGAUCAGAAAUAUCGUCGCUCCGGGUCUCAGCCAGUCGGAGACGAGCGGGCGCGCUGUGUGCACCUGCAUGUGUCACUUGUGAGUGCAGUGCGACCAGGGCACGUAGUAGUACCCUACCCUACCCUACUACGCGCGUUCCUACGCACGAGUAACGCGCGGUGCGCCGUUUGCGACGUUGUUAUUGUUGUUAUUAUUGUUAUCAUUAUUAUUACUAUUGUUAUUAUUAUUGUUGUUGUUGCUCCCGCUACCGCUGCUGCUGCUGCUGACACUGCCGUCGUCGCCGCCGCCGCUGUUGCUGUUGCCGCUGUUGCCGCUGUAGCAGACACCGACGACGCCGACGCUGCCGCUGUCGCCGCUGUUGUUUCCCUCGUGCAUCCUCACCACGAGUCGUACCACCACGUUGCCGGUCGUUGUCGUGGCGAGAGCCAGAUGCGAGACUGAGAAAGAGAGAGCGAAAGAGAGAGAGCAUCAUCGCCGUCGUCACCGAUGAGUUUGGCCUGCUGUUCGCUGCUACCUCUCUAACUAAUCGCAAGCGUGUGUGAUGCCCGGGAGCCGCUCCAGCACGGACCCAGAGCACAAGUCACCGCGGGAAAGUGGUGAAGACUCCGAGGAUGAGAGCGAGAUCCUGGAAGAGAGCCCCUGCGGGCGGUGGCUUAAACGUCGGGAAGAGGUGGAACAGAGAGAUGUUCCUGGAAUUGACUGUGCCUAUCUGGCAAUGGAUACAGAGGAGGGUGUUGAGGUGGUAUGGAAUGAGGUGCAAUUUUCGGAAAGAAAAAAUUUCAAGGCCCAAGAAGAAAAGAUACAACUUGUUUUUGAGAAUCUCACACAAUUGGAGCACCCUAACAUUGUUAAAUUUCAUAGGUAUUGGACAGAUACCCAUAAUGACAAACCCCGAGUUAUAUUUAUAACAGAAUAUAUGUCAUCCGGGUCCCUGAAACAGUUCCUAAAACGAACAAAGCGCAAUGUAAAAAAGUUGCCUCUACAAGCAUGGAAACGAUGGUGUACACAAAUACUUUCUGCGCUUAGUUAUUUGCAUUCCUGUUCACCCCCUAUUAUACAUGGAAAUCUUACCUGUGACACUAUAUUUAUUCAACAUAAUGGUCUUGUAAAAAUUGGUUCAGUGGCCCCAGAUGCAAUUCAUCAUCACAUCAAGACUUGUAGAACAAAUAUGAAGAAUAUACAUUUUGUAGCCCCAGAAUAUGGAAAUUCCGUCACACCAGCCAUCGAUAUCUAUUCGUUCGGGAUGUGUGCUCUGGAGAUGGCCGCAUUGGAAAUUCAAGGAAACGGUGAUACGGGUACAAUCGUUACCGAAGAAAACAUCUGGAAAACAAUAGAAUCUUUAGAUGAUGUUCAGCAAAAAGACUUUAUUCGUAAAUGUCUUCAGGUGGAUCCGCUUAGUAGACCGAGUGCAAAAGAGUUGCUGUUUCAUCCACUUGUAUUUGAAGUACAUUCUCUCAAGUUGCUCGCAGCGCAUGCCUUGGUCAACUCAGCUACUAACAUUUCGGAAACAAUCACAGACGAAGUGUUACAAAGGCUAUAUGGACCAGAUACCGUAGUUGCCGAAGUAAAAUAUCAAGGGAUGUCCCCACAACAAAUUCGUUUAAGUGAUAUUCCGGUUACGGAAAAAUUAGAAAAAUUUGUUGAAGAUGUAAAAUAUGGAAUAUAUCCAUUGACUGCAUUUAUGGCGAAAUUGCCUCCCCCUGUCCGACCGAGGGCGAUAUCGCCCGAAGUGACAGAAUCGGUUAAAUCGGUUACACCCGAACCCGUGGACGUGGAGUCUCGAAGAGUAGUUAAUAUGAUGUGUAAUGUUAAGCCUAGAGAAGAUAGUAGUGAAUUACUUAUGACAAUAUUGUUACGAAUGGAUGACAAGAUGAAUAGGCAGUUGACGUGUCCUGUGAGCCAAACAGACACUUCAAUGCUUCUUGCACAGGAACUUGUACAUUUUGGAUUUAUUAAUGAGAACGAUCGUGAUAAAAUAGCCAAUUUAAUCGAAGAGGCAUUGAGAAGAUACUUCAAUAAACAAAUGUUGACACCAGGAAUGGUAUCGUUAACUAAUCUUCCUACUCAAACUACUUUAUUGCUGCCCGGUUCGGAAUUUCCAUGUCUGCAACACUUUGACAAUUCCGUGUGCAACGCCACAACAUCCAAUAGUGAUAGUGCAACUAACCUGCUGCCAAAAACCUCAGGUAUAUCCGUGUCAAGUAACAAAACGAAUAAACUUCACGAUGACGCAGAACCGCCGACAAUCAACGAGAGCGGCAGUUAACCAUCCAGGAUAAUGUCUGAAAACUCAGUUCACUGUGCCACUUUGCACGCUUUAUGUAUAGACUGGCUAUGUAUUUUUAUAUUUAAGUAAACAGAAAGGGGAGAAAGAAUGUGAACAUAAAGGUGGUGAGAGGGUGCCGUGGCUACACUACUCUAAGCUAAAGACAAUUGCAAAUUAGAAACUGCUUAGAAUGUUUUUACUUUCAUUUUUUUAGGCUUCAAAAAUGUAAUGUAAACUCUGUUGUCAAAUUUCAUCAUCUCUAUAUAUUUACAGUUUUUAUUUUAUACAGGUUAUACCUGUUACAUUGUUACAUAGAUACAUGAUAAAGUGACAAAGAAUGUACGAAUCUAAUAUAAAAAGACCAAAUACUUGUGAUUGUAUAAUUAAGAGAAUAGUUAGAGGCCUGCUGGAUAUUGAUUCAUAUUUACACAUCAAGCUACAUAUGUGCGAUUUGAUACUUAUCUGUCGUAAUUUAAUCUAUCAAGAUAUAGAGUUACGAGCGUUUAUUAUGUAUCGCGCGUUUCUCUAUAACGUCUCUUACAGAAUUGCAAAAGAAAUUAAUAUCCGCCGAAAUUUUAUAUUCUGCUUUUCAAAUUGAUCACAUGUGUAUCAUACAAUUUAUUUCCUGAUGCAAGAAUCGAGAAGAAUCAAUUUAAUCAUGCAUACAAAACUAUCUCUUCAUUGUA